CCGCGAGGGAUGGCAGAGAAGGAGAGUGGAGGGGGGCACGGGGACGGACACAGAGAAACACAAGCUCAGGGGGUACUGGCGUCAGGCAUGGAGGUUGAAAGAGGGGCAGAGGGACCCCGAUAGGAAAGGAGACCUCAGUCUGAGCUGUGGGUGUUGAGCCAGGGGCACCAAGAACGCCACAAUCCCCACCUCCUGUCCUUGAAGGUCUCCGGGGCAGGUCAGGGAGGGGCUCCAUUUCUUGCCCUGUCCCCUUCCUUCCCGGGUCCUGCCUGGGGACGCAGGAAUCAGGGUCUCUGACCCUGCUGAACCCCCUUGGACUCACAGCCCCAGGAAGCUGGAAGAUCAGUCCCUGGGGUGCCAGGGAGUCUCUGCAGCCCGCCACCUCUGACCCCUGACAUCUGCCCUCCCCGGGCCCAGGAGGCACCAUGUGGCGAUGUCCACUGGGGCUGCUGCUGUUGCUGCUGCUGGCCGGCGAGUUGACCCUGGGUGCCCGGCGGGGUCGUGGGCGCCGGGAGCUAGCCCCGGGUCUGCACCUGCGGGGCAUCCGGGAUGCGGGCGGCCGGUACUGCGGGGGGCAGGACCUGUGCUGCCGGGGCCGUGCCGACGACUGCGCCCUGCCCUACCUGGGUGCCACCUGCUACUGUGACCUCUUCUGCAACCGCACCGUCUCCGACUGCUGCCCUGACUUCUGGGACUUCUGCCUCGGCGUGCCACCCCCCUUUCCCCCCAUCCCAGGAUGUACCCAUGGGAGUCGCAUCUAUCCAAUCUUAGGAACCUACUGGGACAACUGUAACCGUUGCACCUGCCAGGAGCAAGGGCAGUGGGAGUGUGACCAGGAGCCAUGCCUGGUGGACGAAGACAUGAUCAACGCCAUCAACCGGGGCAACUACGGAUGGCGGGCUGGGAACCACAGCGCCUUCUGGGGCAUGACCCUGGAUGAAGGCAUUCGCUACCGCCUGGGCACCAUCCGCCCUUCUUCCUCUGUCACCAAUAUGAAUGAGAUCCACACAGUUCUGGGCCCAGGGGAGGUGCUGCCCACAGCGUUCGAGGCCUCUGAGAAGUGGCCCAACCUGAUCCAUGGGCCUCUUGACCAGGGCAACUGUGCAGGCUCCUGGGCCUUCUCCACAGCAGCCGUGGCAUCCGAUCGCGUCUCCAUCCAUUCCCUGGGGCAUAUGGCACCUGUCCUGUCGCCCCAGAACCUGCUGUCUUGUAACACCCACAACCAGCAGGGUUGCCGUGGUGGGCGUCUCGAUGGGGCCUGGUGGUUCCUGCGACGUCGAGGGGUUGUGUCCGACCACUGCUACCCGUUCAUGGGCAGCGAGCGGGACGAGGCUGGCCCCGCGCCCCGCUGUAUGAUGCACAGCCGGGCCAUGGGUCGGGGCAAGCGCCAGGCCACUGCCCGAUGCCCCAGUAGCCAUGUCCAUGCCAAUGACAUCUACCAGGUCACUCCGGCCUACCGCCUCGGCUCCAGCGAGAAGGAGAUCAUGAAGGAACUGAUGGAGAACGGCCCUGUCCAAGCUCUCAUGGAGGUGCACGAGGACUUCUUCCUGUACCAGGGCGGCAUCUACAGCCACACCCCAGUGAGCCUUGGGAGGCCAGAGCGAUACCGCCGGCACGGGACCCACUCGGUCAAGAUCACAGGCCCCGCUUCGAAGAGGAGCAGACCAAGACAGAAAAAGAGGAGAGGUUUGCCUCGCACCGAGAGUGGGGGCCUUUGAAGGUUUCCUAGGAACUGGUCCUCCCUUACACACUGUGAUAAAAUUCACUGCAGUGUAAUACAGACAAGGAUUCAAGGGUUGCUCAACCUCUCUCCAUCUCAGCACCCACCCCCAACUCUGCCUGACUCACGGACCCCCACCCCCGGGCUUCAGUGCCCCCACCUGAUAUACCCAAAGAUGUUCGAGUCACUGAUUUCAAUUGUCCAACCAAUGAAAUGUACUUUGCAGUGGGAGUCUGGGGCCUCCAAGGUACCCCAACCUUGCGGUCCCUGGUACACAACCCUCCCUGGCUUCCCAAGUGAGGAGAGAGGGCAGGCAGAUGUGUGAAGUUGUGAGGUCCCGGAGACCUGGUCCCCAGGAUGUGGGGCCCUGGAGGAGGGAGGCCCAAGUUCUCCCCCUUUUGGCUCACCCCUCCAGUUAUUCCGUUGGUGCCCAACCCCACGUGGGCGUGGGCACACAGACUUUGAAAGGUGGGGACUGAGAGUAGAGAGAGGGUUAGAGCCCCGCCCAAGCCUGGAAGGGAAAGUGCCCUGGGGUUCGAGCCUCUCAAGGCAGGUGGAAUCAGCGUCCUCUCCCUCCC